AUGGCAGAGAGUGUUGUGAGUUUCCUGUUGGAGAACCUGACUCGGUUGCUUAUCCAAGAAUCAAAAUUGCUACUUGGAGUUGAGGAUCAAGUCGGGUCACUCAUGAAGGAGCUGUCUCUGAUCAACCUCUCCCUCCAAAAUACUGAAGGCAAACGACAUGACAAAUUGGUGAAGGAGGGAGUCAGCCAAAUUAGGGACGUUUCCUAUGAGGCUGAGGAUGUUAUUGAUACAUUCAUCAUGACUGUGACAAAGCACAGGAGACGAAGCAAGCUGAGGAAGUUAAUCCAUUCUUGUGACCGAGCAAUUAUGUUUCACCAGGUUGCAAGCAAGAUAGAGAGAAUCAAGAAUGUCAUCAAGGAAACUAACGACAAUUGGGGCAAGUAUGUCAUAGGAGAACCAGCUGAAUCAUCUAGAGGAGAUGCAGAAGCGGAGAUACUGCACAAGCGCAGGAGAGAUGUAGAGGAAGUUCAAGUUGUGGGAUUUGGUCCUGACACAGAGGUAUUGGUGAGGCACCUUACUAAAGGGAGUUUUAAUGUUAAUGUUGUUUCAAUCAUUGGCAUGGGUGGCUUGGGCAAGACCACUCUUGCUAGGAAGAUCUACAACAACAAUGAUGUCAAGAACUACUUUGAUUUCCAAAGGUGGGUGUAUGUCUCUCAAGAAUAUAAAAUCAAAGACCUGUUGAUAGAAAUUUUGAAGGGUGUGACACCAAUGCCAAAUCUGAAGAAGUUUGUAUUGAAAGCUGAAUUGAAAGGGGAAUUACUUCACCGUCUGGGAGCUAUGUAUAGCUCAAACAUAGAUGAAUUCAAAGGGACAAUAAUUGAAGACUUGAACCGUAUCAAGGCAAUGACUGAUGAAGAAUGCAAAAAGGCAUUGUUUGCGUUCUUGGAUAGCAUAAAAGAUAAGGAAUUGAAAAAAUCAUUGUUAGAUAUUAUGCAAGACAUUUACACAAAGAACGGUGAAGGAUGGCAAGAUCUGGAUGACAAUGAAUUGAAAAGUGUGUUGUUCAAAUGCUUGGAAGACAAGAGGUACCUACUUGUCAUGGAUGACAUCUGGAAAAAUGAUGUAUGGGAUGAAGUAAAGGAUGCCUUUCCAGAUAACUUGAAAGGGAGUAGAAUAUUGAUCACUAGCCGAAUAAAAGAAGUGGCAUUACAUGCGAGUAGUCAUAAUAAGAGUAUUCCUCCUAUUCCUCCUUAUGAACUUCCAUUUCUUGAUGACAAUCAAAGUUGGGAGCUCUUCUCUAAGAAGGUGUUCGGGGGAGGUACAUGUCCUCUAGAACUUGAUACUCUAGGGAGACAAAUUGUGAAAAGUUGCCAUGGUUUCCCACUUGCUAUUGUGGUAUUGGGAGGUCUUUUGGCGAAAAAGGAGAAAACGAAUCGAACAUGGUUGAAAUAUAUCGGUCAUGUUAAUUCGUAUUUGAUUGAGGAUAGAUUAAGUUGCAUGGACAUAUUGGCACUAAGUUACGAUCACUUACCCCUACGCUUGAAGCCAUGUUUUCUAUAUCUUGGUAUCUACCCAGAAGACUUUGAGAUACCAGUGAGGCAACUAAUCCGACUUUGGAUAGCUGAGGGAUUCAUUCAACAAAUUGGGAAUAGAAAUAUGGAGGAAGUUGCUGAAGACUACUUGGAGGAUCUCGUUGAUCGGAGCUUGAUUCAAGUGGCAACAAAAAGGCUAGAUGGAGGAGUCAAAACAUGCCGUAUCCAUGAUCUUUUACGAGACCUUUGUAUAUCAGAAAGUGCUGAAGAGAGGUUUCUUGAGGUUCGUUCAUAUGCAAACCUUUCUCCCAUGAGCAAAUGCCGUAGAAUUUCCAUCCACUUUGCCAACCAUCCAUACAUUUCUUCCAACCCUUGUGAGCCUUCAAAAAAUCGUUCUGUAAUAGGCUUUGGAGGGGUCAGGCUCGAGAGUCAUCCUGACAAAGGCCUCUACUUGAAAUGGUUAUGUGAAAGUAACAAGUUGGUUCGGGUGCUAGAGCUAAGUAAUAUGGACAUUUGUUCCUUAAUCCCCAAAAAGAUUGAAAACCUGUUUCUUUUGAGGUACUUGUGCAUUUCAUAUAGUGCAGUUCAUGUCAUUCCAGAUUCCAUAUGCAACCUUUGGAAUCUUGAGACGCUGGAUAUGAGAAGUUCUAAAAUGAGAGAUUCUAAAAUGAGAGAUUCUAAAAUUAAUUGCUUUCCCAAGGGCAUUUGGAAGUUACAAAAUUUAAGACAUUUGUACUUGGAUGGGCCAACAUCUCUACCUAGAACUGACAAGGAAGCGACUUUACCCAAUCUUCAAGUCCUCACUGGUAUAGCUUUAAAUCACAACACUGAGAGUCUCUUUGCCAAGGCAUUUCCUAACCUAAGAAAAUUAGGACUGUAUUGGUUAAAUGUGCUAGAUUCAUUGAUUUUGCCACCGUCAUUGUCAAGCAUCCAUCACUUGCUUCAUCUACAGACUUUGAAGAUUUGUAAAUAUAUUAAUCUUUCAGAUCCAAGUUCACUCCAGUUGAUCCAAACAAAGAUAACCUUGCGGGAUGUGGUUGUUUCUCAAUCUUUCUGGGGAGUGUUGGGUAGGUUUGCCAACCUUCGAAUACUCAAAGUAGUUGGAGGUGACAGUGUUGUACUCGAUUGCAAUGAAACUAGUUUUCGUCAACUCGAAGUCUUCAAAAUGGCAAAAGUAACUGAUAUGAUAUGGAAUAUGAAGAAAGGUUCAAUGCCAAGGCUUCAACGUUUGGUCAUCGAGCGUUGCAACUUUAAAACGAUGCCCCUGGACGAACUAUGGUGCUUGAGUGUCUUGAGGGAUGUGGAAGUUUUACAUCCCGAUCCAGAAUUGGCAAGAAAGCUUCAACAGUUGAAGAUGAGGGAUGGAUUUAAGCUCCAAGUCUAUCCACCUCUGAACCCAGCCAGCAACUAG